AUGAGUGAUUCAACCAAGAACCUUAAGCGAUCAAGUGCCGAGAGGGAGGGAGUUCAAGACCACAAACGAGUCAAGACUGACGGCGACGCGAAGAUGGAUACAAAACCGAACCCCUACCUGGCGCAUUACAAUGACAACGAGGUUGUUGCGUCCCCCCUCGAUGAAUUUGAGCGCCAUAACACGACGGCGCUGCAGGCGGCCAGGGCCGAAUCCGAAGAUAACAACCCGUGGACUGGCAAACCUCACUCGCAGCAGUACUUCGGUAUCCUCAAGACGCGCCGCGACUUGCCUGUACACAAGCAACGUCAAGAGUUCCUCGACAUGUACCACAACACUCAAAUUCUUGUCUUCGUCGGUGAAACCGGUUCCGGUAAAACGACCCAGAUCCCGCAGUACGUUCUCUACGACGAGCUGCCACACGAGACCGGCAAGCUCAUCGCCUGCACGCAACCGAGGAGAGUGGCGGCUAUGUCAGUCGCCCAGCGUGUCGCCAACGAGCUCGAUGUGGAACUUGGCGAGGAAGUCGGCUACAGCAUCCGUUUUGAAAACAGGACGGGGCCCAAAACGCUCUUGAAAUACAUGACAGACGGUCAGCUACUGCGCGAAGCGAUGCACGACCACGACAUGUUGCGAUACGGUUGUAUCAUUCUCGACGAAGCUCACGAACGUACCCUCGCCACCGAUAUUCUCAUGGCGCUGCUCAAGCAGAUCGCCGAGCGGAGAAAAGACUUGAAGAUCAUUGUCAUGUCGGCUACCCUCGAUGCCCAGAAGUUCCAGACCUACUUCUUCAACGCGCCGUUGCUUGCGGUACCGGGCCGGACGUACCCUGUCGAGAUUUUCUAUACCCCUGAGCCGGAGCGGGAUUAUGUUGAGGCUGCCGUAAGGACGGUGCUGCAGAUUCACGCGAGCGAGCCCGAGGGCGACAUCUUGUUGUUCCUGACAGGCGAGGAGGAGAUUGAAGACGCCUGCCGCCGCAUCGGCCUCGAGGUCGAUGAGAUGAUCCGGGAGUCGGAUGCAGGGCCCAUGGCAGUCUACCCGCUAUACGGUACCCUACCGCCUCACCAGCAACAGCGCAUCUUCGACAAAGCCCCGGCAGCCGUCCGGAAGGGUGGCCGCCCGGGCCGGAAGUGUAUCGUGUCGACAAACAUUGCGGAAACUAGUUUGACAAUUGACGGCAUCGUCUACGUCGUGGACCCCGGUUUCAGCAAGCAAAAGAUCUACAACCCCCGCACAAGGGUAGAGUCGCUCCUCGUCUCCCCCAUCUCCAAGGCAUCGGCGCAGCAGCGUGCUGGUCGUGCCGGUCGUACAAGGCCUGGCAAAUGCUUCAGGCUAUACACGGAAAACGCGUUCAAAAAGGAGCUCAUCGAACAGACGUAUCCUGAGAUUCUACGCUCCAACCUGGCCAACACGGUCCUCGAGCUCAAGAAACUCGGCGUUCAAGACUUGGUGCACUUUGAUCUCAUGGACCCGCCAGCCCCCGAAACUAUGAUGCGCGCUCUCGAAGAGCUCAACUACCUCGCCUGCCUCGACGACGACGGCGAGCUGACCACCCUAGGCGGCUUGGCAUCCGAGUUCCCGCUCGACCCAGCCCUGGCUGUCAUGCUGAUAUCAUCUCCGGAGUUCUACUGCUCCAAUGAGAUCCUCUCCAUCACCUCCCUCCUUUCCGUCCCACAAAUAUGGGUGCGCCCCAACAACGCGCGCAAGCGUGCCGAUGAGAUGAAACAGAUGUUCGCUCACCCCGACGGCGAUCACCUGACUCUACUCAACGCUUACCAUGCGUACAAGGCCGCCGAGCAGGCCGGCGACGACGUCAAGAAGUGGUGCCACGAACACUUCCUAUCUUUCCGGCAUCUGUCGAGCGCGGACAACGUGCGCGCGCAGUUGAAGCGCAUCAUGGAAACGCACGAUAUCGAGUUGGUCAGCACACCGUUCCAGGAUAAAGACUACUACACCAACAUCCGGCGGGCUCUGCUUGCAGGCUUCUUCAUGCAGGUCGCCAUGCGUGAGAGUUCAACGUCGAAAGUGUACAAGACGGUGAAGGACGACCAGCUUGUCAUGAUCCACCCGGGCACCGUCGUCUCAACCCCGUACGACUGGGUUGUAUAUAACGAGUUUGUACUCACAACUAAGCAGUACGUGAGGACGGUGACGAAUAUUAGGGCCGAAUGGCUUCUUGAAAUCGCCCCUACCUACUACGACAUUGACACCUUCGAAAAGGGGGAGAUCAAGUCGGCUCUCACCCGCAUUACCGAGAAGAUUCGCCGCCGUCAGGCCAUGAAGGGUGGUCGUUGA